AUGUUCCGCAACGCCCUCCGCCAGUCGACGCGCGCUGUCGGCGCUGUCAGUGCUGCCAGCCGAGUCUCCGUUAUCCGAAAUGCCGCACCCGCCAUCCAGACCCGUACCUACGCCGAAGCCAAAGCCUCUCCCACUGAGGUCUCUUCUAUUCUCGAGCAGCGUAUCCGUGGUGUGCAGGAGGAGGCCAACCUCGCUGAGACCGGCCGUGUUCUCUCUGUCGGUGAUGGUAUCGCCCGUGUGCACGGUAUGGCCAACGUCCAGGCCGAAGAGCUCGUCGAGUUCGCUUCUGGCGUCAAGGGCAUGUGCAUGAACCUUGAGGCCGGUCAGGUCGGUGUCGUUCUGUUCGGUUCUGACCGUCUCGUUAAGGAGGGCGAGACUGUCAAGCGUACCGGUGAAAUUGUUGAUGUUCCCGUCGGCGUGGAAAUGCUUGGUCGUGUCGUCGACGCUCUCGGCAACCCCAUUGACGGCAAGGGCCCCAUCAACACCAAGGAGAAGCGCCGUGCUCAGCUCAAGGCCCCCGGUAUUCUUCCUCGCAAGUCCGUCAACGAGCCUGUCCAGACCGGCAUGAAGUCGAUCGACGCCAUGGUUCCCGUUGGCCGUGGCCAGCGUGAGCUGAUUAUUGGUGAUCGUCAGACUGGCAAGACUGCUGUUGGCCUCGAUACCAUUCUCAACCAGAAGCGUUGGAACGACGGUAAUGAUGAGAAGAAGAAGCUCUACUGCGUCUACGUCGCUGUCGGCCAGAAGCGCUCUACCGUUGCCCAGUUCGUCAAGACCCUGGAGGAGAACGACGCCAUGAAGUACUCUGUCGUCGUCGCUGCCACCGCCUCUGAGGCCGCCCCCCUCCAGUACAUUGCUCCCUUCACUGGUGCCUCAAUCGGCGAGUACUUCCGUGAUAACGGAAUGCACUCCCUGGUCAUUUACGACGAUCUGUCGAAGCAGGCUGUCGCUUACCGUCAGAUGUCUCUGCUGCUCCGUCGUCCUCCUGGCCGUGAGGCUUACCCCGGUGACGUCUUCUACCUCCACUCUCGUCUGCUCGAGCGUGCUGCCAAGCUCAGUGAGAAGCACGGUGGCGGUUCCAUGACUGCUCUGCCCAUCAUCGAGACCCAGGGUGGUGAUGUGUCUGCCUACAUUCCCACCAACGUCAUUUCCAUCACCGACGGCCAGAUCUUCCUGGAGUCCGAGCUUUUCUACAAGGGUAUCCGUCCUGCCAUCAACGUCGGUCUCUCCGUCUCUCGUGUCGGCUCCGCUGCCCAGCUCAAGGCCAUGAAGCAGGUCGCUGGUUCUCUGAAGCUCUAUCUGGCCCAGUACCGUGAGGUUGCCGCUUUCGCCCAGUUCGGUUCCGAUCUCGAUGCCGCUACCAAGCAAGUCCUGGCCCGUGGUGAGCGUCUCACCGAGCUCCUGAAGCAGAAGCAGUACUCCCCCAUGGCCGUCAACGAGAUGGUCCCUCUCAUCUUCGCCGGUGUCAACGGUUAUCUCGAUAACGUCCCCGUCAACCGCGUUCUGGAGUGGGAGGCCGACUUCCUUGCUCACCUCAAGACCAACGAGUCUGAGCUCCUCGCUUCCAUUGACAAGGAGGGCGCCCUCAGCAAAGAGCUUGAGGCCAAGCUGAAGGACGUCACCCAGUCCUUCAUCAAGAGCUUCCUUAACUAA